GCACAGGAAAGGCAUACAUUUCCUAAAUCUGAAUUGGCCACAGAAGUAAAAAAUAAAAUAAAAAAUAAACAUUCUAUUGUAAUUGAUUUCAUAAUGUAGUUUCACGCCUCUUAUUGUAGAGUGGGUGGAGACUGAGUUGAGCCAUAUCAACCGACGUAAUGGAAGUUGCAUCCUAAGACAAACCAUCAAACAUGUAUUUCAUCGAGUUUGUUUCACCCCCCGUCGCCAUACCGCUUUCAGACUGUGAACCUUGCAUGACGCGAGUGCGUUGGUUGGAGACUGAAGAACCGCACACCCUACACGGAAACAGUGAAGCGCGCCCAGAAUUCGGUGCCCAAUAUAGUAUAUCCUGUUUAGAAUAAAAUCAAGACAUUUCUGGGAGAUCACAUUACUUGCCUUUAUAAACGAAGUGGACUGUUAUAACCAUCUUCUGGAUAAGGACUAUAGCUUCUGCCCAGCUGGCUUGGGUAUUGUACUGACUGACAGCCAGUGCAUUUUCACCCAUCCUCAAGAUGCAUAUGAAUAGCUUAUUAAAUCAAUGGACAGACAUCACUCCCCACUCCAGGAUGUGUGACUGUGACGUGGACGUGUCCUCGGAGCCCACCAGCCCCACGCUCUACGGCGAGUCCUCUGACAAAUACUACCAUGUGGACCGCUGGCAGAAGCUCCGCACCGCCGUCCGCAAGCUGGAGUUCUGGGAGAACUUCACCGCCGAGCUCAUCGGGAGCGGCUUCUUUUCCAAAGUCUACAAGGUGAUUCACAGUACGACCCGUAAGGUGAUGGUGGUGAAAAUAUAUAAGAACGACGUGGACCAGGAUAGCAUCGUGCGUGAGAUUAGUCUACUGCAGAAACUCUCCCAUCCCAACAUAGUCAGGUAUCUGGGGAUCUGUGUGAAAGAAGAUAAACUCUACCCCAUAUUAGAGUAUGUGAGUGGGGGCUGUCUGGAAGAGCUGUUAGCCAGGAAGGAUGUGUCUCUGUGCUGGAGGGAGAAGGUGGACCUGGCCUGUGACAUCACCAGGGGAAUGAUCUACCUGCACUACAAGAACAUCUAUCACAGGGACCUCAACUCCAAGAACUGUCUGAUCCGUGUGACAGCGCGGGGCAGGGAGGCCCUGGUCACAGACUUUGGCCUGGCCAGAGAGGUGGUGGAGUUGCCGGUUAAAGACCCAGAGAGGAAGCUCUCCCUGGUGGGAUCUGCCUUCUGGAUGGCCCCGGAGAUGCUUCGCGGGGAACCCUAUGACCGGAAGGUGGACGUAUUCUCCUUUGGGAUUGUACUCUGUGAAAUACUGGCAAGGAUCCCUGCAGACCCGGAGAUUCUACCAAGAACGCAGGACUACGGCCUGGAUGUGAGUGCGUUUAGGGAGCUGGCGAGCGGGUGUCCUCAGCGCGUGUUGGAGCUGGCAGCCAGCUGCUGUCUGAUGGAGUCCUUCAGGAGACCGGCAUUCAUAGAGUUGCUGGAUGAACUGGGGGAGAUCGCUGAGACUCUUGAGCCGCCCCCUAACCCGUCCCCUAACUCAGAGCAGACCACUGGGUGAGCAGCCUGGGCUGGCCUGGUCUGGCCGACGCCCCCGCCCACCCAUCCAUCUGGAGGAAGUUCUGUACUUAUAUAUGGGCUGAAUCCCAAAUGGCACUCUGUUCCUUGUAUAGUGUACUACUUUUGACCAGGUGCCCUUUAGAGAAUAGGGUGCCAUUUGGGACACAACAAUAAACAGCUGCACAGGGCCAGGGGACAGAGAUCCUCAGGAUGACCUCUCUAUAGGGGCUGACCUCUAUGUCUGUGCCUACCUACACUGCACCUACAAAUGUGUCUGUGGGUGGAUCCACAACUUUCAAAUUUAAGACUGGUGGAUUGAUGAAUGGAAAAUACUCUAUGUGUCUUCUUGAAGAGAGGGUCUCUUUGGAAGCUGGACGGCUUUACUUAACCAGUUCACACACUUUGUGUGCAGUUGAAUAUCUUACCUAGGGGGAUAGCAGUUGGGCAUAAUUUUGUUUAGCGGCAUAUCUCACCAUAUUUCAACGUUCUUUCCUUAAAUUCAUCUAAUAUUUCUACUUUUAGUUUUAGUUUGUGUUGUUGUUUAUGACAGUAUUUUGUGUUGAUGAUACAGACAUUAAUCUGUUGAUGCCUUUCCUUCCCCCGUUGUUUUCUAUUGUCUAUCUUGCUCUAGUUUCUAUUGUUUAUUCAACUCUACCUAAAUGACCAGGCGCUAGAGAGACGUCAUGUUCAAUACUCCAUGUCACCUCUUUUCAGAAGUGAAAUUGCCUCUCUCAGUUCAGUUAGCUGCGCUGUGAGUAGAGAUGUUGUUGUUCACAACCUACAAGGAGCUCAACAAAGACAUCGCCACGGCCCCGAUUCUGACCUGCUGACGUCAGUUCAGCUAGCUAGCACAAUGCAGACGGCAGGCUGAUGCCUGUGGGUGGGUACACAAUAUAACAGAGUUUGAUUCGUAACCUCACACCUCAGCUUGAAAUGUCUCUACGCGUGAUAUCAAAUUGGGUACCUUUUCUUAUUGGCUAUUGUUAAGCAAACACAGUGACACUUUACAUACAAUGGAUAGGUCUAACAUUAGCUACAGUACAGUAAUACUCAAUUCAUUGUCCCUGAGCUCACUCUACCUGGCCGAAGAUCUUAUUUCAAUAGAUUUGUAUUUUAUGUUCUUAUAAACAAUGUAACACUUUUUUGUCCUCAGCAUGUUUAAUCAUCUGUCCUAUUUAUUUAUUUGUCCACUUUUUUUGCAAUGUACAUGUGCACAUUUAUAUUCAGGUAUCUACAGUAUCCGGUACUGCUUUUGACAUCCAAUAUCCAAUCUGAUAUUUAUUCUCAAUGAAUAACAUGUGGCUGUAAAUCUUGCCCGUAGUUGCCUGUAGUUUUUAACCGAAAUGUAAAAAGUGCUGACACGUAGGAAAGUCAGCCAAUAACAACUGUCUGUGAGAACCUUCCAACGGAGUCAAUGCUCUUGCCAAGUGACCAGUAUUUACCAGUGAGUGUGUGUUCAUCUCAAUCAGAUGUUUCAAGUAUCAUUUGAAGAGUAGAGACAUAUUUUAUUUGCUUUUUGUUGUUGUAAAACAGUAUAUUUUUAGAGCUAUUUUUCUUUUUGCAUAUUAAAUGGUAGCCCAAAUUGAACAAUCUAGACAUUCCUUUUUUGAAUUUUAGGUUUUUAACAUAUGAUUAAAUAUCCCCCUCCUCCCCCAGUCUGGUAGGUCUUUGUGAUAUUCUAUGAAGGAAGUUCUUACUUUAUUUGGACUUUGUGUACCAUUACUCUGAAAAGCUAAAUACAUUUGUAAGAAAUGAAAAAUAGGCGCUUAAAGAAAAAAAAGUCAUAUUUGAAACAUUCACAUGUAUUUUACAAAUGAAUUGCUUCUUUCAAUAAAAGUUUUUUUCUAGAACAGGG